AGAUAAAACAUUGUGGGAAGUUAGGCUCAAUUUUUACAGCAUCUAUAGCUAAGACCUUGACUUCCUUGGAAGAACUGUUCAUAGAAGACUGCAAAAGUUUGAAGGAUAUAGUAACUCACGAAAGCAUUGUUGGGGAUGAGCAUGAUAUUUCAAUCUUCCAAAGUUUGAAAAAGCUUCAUAUCAGUGAAUGUGAGUUAUUGGAGGGUAUAUUCCCUGUUUCUUUUGUUUGAGAAUUGAAUGAUAUAACAAAUAUAGAAGCUGCUGAUUUGAAAGACUUCUCUAGUCGAAAUAAUACUCAAAUUGAGCUUCCUGCUUUACAAGUACUUGAACUUCUUCAUAUUCGAAACAGAACCGUUGUUGGUAGUUAUGAUGUGAUAUGUCCAUCUUUAAGAAAACUAUCAUUGGAUAUUGGGAGAUAUGUUGGGUUUUCCAACAUAAAUUGUUCAAGCGAUGCUUCAGAAGCUACAAAAAGGGAUUCUAUUGCAAUCAAGAUAUCGAACUCAGAUUUUGAUCCGCCGGUUGAAAGUGUUGAAUGUCUUUCAAAACAACCACAUGGUUUGAACUUCAUUAUGACACACAAUAUUAGAGAGAUUGAACUGAAAGGCUUUGAUAAGGCAAAGUACCUUUUUAAACUCUCCAUUGCUUCAUCAUUGACGAUGUUGGAAAUUUUGAGAAUUGAGAAAUGUCAUGGACUUGAGUACAUUAUAGACACUGAUGAUGAAUAUGACAAAGAGCAUAUGAAAGCUAUCUUUCCCAACUUAAAAAAGCUCUCAGUGUAUAACUGUUUCCGAUUGAAAUAUAUGUUUGGGCAAUAUGACGUAGCUAAUAAGGAUUAUAAGGAGAUUCAUAUUCAAUUCUCAGCAUUGGAAAUACUCUCUCUUCGGAAUCUACCAAAGUUUGGUAGCAUUUGUUCUACCAACAAUUUCACUGUGACGUGGCCAUCUUUGAAGGACUUUGAGUGUUACGCAUGUUUGUAUCCAUUUUAUGGUUCAAGAGAGGCUAUUAUCACAAGUACGAAGGAUCCGAAAGGGAUUCAGAACCAUCUCCCCACUUUGCAAACUCUAAACAUAACGCAUUCUGAUGCAGAACGUAUUUUUUGUCUUAAUGAACAUGAAAUGAUUGGCCAACAAGUGAGUUUAAGGUUAGAGAACUUGGUGUUACGAUUUCUACCUCAAAUGACUUAUAUUUGGGUGGGUCCCAACAAUUCGCUUACUCUCCAACAUCUUACCACAUUAGAAAUAAGGAAAUGUGAAAAGUUGGAAGUAAUCUUUCCAAAGUCUGUUGUAAGAUUCUUACCAGAGUUGAAGCUUUUGAAGAUAACGAAAUGCAAAGAAUUAAGAGAAAUAAUUGAAGGGGAUAGAAAUUUGUCUAAUCUUGUUUCUCCUCAACCAUGCUUCCCAAAACUAGAAGCAUUGCAAGUUGAUCAUUGCCAGAAGUUGAAAAGAUUUUUCUCUGGAUGUUCUUCUGAUGACUUUCCCAAUCUUCAUCUUCUGCCCAUAAAAGGUUUGGACUUGAUUAUGAUACCCAAUAUUAGAGAGAUUGAACUGAGAGACUUUGAUAAUGGAAGGUACCUUUUUAAAUUGUCCAUUGCUUCAGCAUUGAUGUUGGAAAUUUUGAGAAUUGCGGAAUGUCCUGGACUUGAGCACAUUAUAGACACUGAUUAUGAAUAUGUCAAAGAGAAUUUGAAAGCUAUCUUCCCUAACUUAAGAGAGCUCUCAGUGCGUGAUUGUGGCCAGUUGAAAUAUAUUGGCCAAUAUCCCGUAGCUAAUCAAGAUUACAAGGAGACUCAUAUUCAUUUCUCACCAUUGGAAACGCUCCAUCUUUCGAGACUACCAAGUUUUGUUAGCAUUUAUGCUACCAACACUCUCACUGUGACGUGCCCUUCAAAGAAUUAUUUUGCCUUCCUAAAUCUUGGAAAACUAGAAAUAAUUGAAUGUGCGAAAUUGGAAGUAGUCUUUCCAAAGUCUGUGCUAAGAUGCUUACCAAAGUUGAAUGUUCUUGUGAUAAGAGACUGCAAAGAAUUAAAGCAUAUCAUGGAAGAAGACGAGUCCAAUUUUCUUUCUAUAAAUGGAGGCUCUGAACUAGAGGAGUUUAUAGGAUGUGAUAAAGAAGCUUCAAAGAAUUAUUUUGCCUUAACAAAUCUUGAAAAACUAGAAAUAAUUGAAUGUGCAAUAUUGGAAAUAGUCUUUCCAAAGUCUGUUUUAAGAUGCUUACCAAAGUUGAAUGUUCUUGUUAUAAGAAACUGCAAAGAAUUAAAGCAUAUCGUGGAAGAAGACGAGUCCAAUCUUCUUUCUAUAGAUGGAGGCUCUGAACUAAAGGAGAUUAUUGGAUGUGAUAAAGAAGCUUCAAAGAAUUAUUUUACCUUCCCAAAUCUGGAAAAACUAGAAAUAAUUGAAUGUGCGAAAUUGGAAAUAGUCUUUCCAAAGUCUGUUUUAAGAUGCUUUCCAAAGUUGAAGCUUUUGAAGGUAAGAAAAUGCGAAGAAUUAAAACAAAUCAUUGAAGGAGAUAAAAAUUUGUCUAAUAUUCUUUCUCCUCAACCAUGCUUUCCAAAACUAGAAACAUUGCAUGUUGAUCAUUGUCACAAGUUGAAAAGAUUAUUCUCUGGAUCUGCUUCUAAUGACCUUCCGAAUCUUCUUCUUCUGGCCAUAAAUGGAGCCUAUGAACUAGAAGAGCUUGUUGGAUGUAAACAAGGAAAGAUUAAAGUUGAGCUCCCAAGGCUCAAACUUUUAAUAUUUCUGCAUCUUUCAAACUUCCGUCAAGAGAUUGAAUUGGAUAAUUUAAAGAAUUGCAUUGUCUACAAAUGUCCACAACUCUUUUUGACAUCAACAACUACUCUUGAGAAGCUCUCGGUAGAUUUUCCUUAUGAAGAUUUCAUAAACACUGAACUUGAUUUUUGGGAAUUUGAUCGCAUAGUAAAAUUCAUAUAUGACGAUUCAACUAUUAGUGGUAGCAGUGAGUUCACUUCAUCACAGGAGAUUGGGGACAUAGGAAAUGAGAGCAUUAAAGAGGGCCCUUUAGUAGAGGGUGCUAAGACAAAAUCUUCAUCAACUGGUGUUGAAGACAUUGGCAUUGGAGGUGGUGUUGCAACUCACAUUGAGUCUGGUGGCGUGGACAUACUUGCACAAUAUUCCAAGGUUGUUGAACAAGAUGAUAAGAUGAAUGAAGGAAAGGCAGAAAUACUGCCAAGUCCAGAUUGCACAGAAGCUGUUGAAAUUGGAUUUGAGAGUUCAUGGGUUGAUGAAAUGCGUCAACGUGUUGUCAUGAGGGAUCCUAAGCUCCGAGAGGACAUUGCACAGAGACAAAUAGAAGAGAAUUCUAAGAGGUGUAGUAGUGGGAACACGGUACAAGAUGCUCAGGCUGUUGAACGAGCUGAUGGGCCUAAGAUUAGCUUGGAAGAAGGUGUUGCUUCUAAUGACCACAUUGGGACCCUGAGAAAUGAAGAAGCAGAGGAGGAAUUUGUUGCAGAAGUUUCCACUUCAGAAAUACCAAGAAUAGCAACAACAUUAACAAGCUCACAACCAGUUGAAACACCCGAAAAUGAAUUGGUGGACAAACAGCGGAUUAUUGAACCGUCUUUGAUUAACCAACAAAAUCCAUUUGGAGAAAUUAGAAUUGAGCAAGUUCCUGUGGAGGAAACCAUAGCAAAGAACACCAAUAUGGCAGCUUCAUCAAUUCUUUCUCGACCUGUUAAUACUCAGUUGGACCAGAAAAUUACUUUCCAAAGUAAAUCAUAUCCAUAUAGUGAAAUUACGAGCAGCCAAACUGAGGCGGGCACUGCUAAAGAAAUUGACCAUCCUAAAAUUAUUCAGGACUUUGGGACCAACGAUGUCAUAAGCUUAUUUGCAUCAGGAAAAGAGAGUAAAGAUAGCCCAGUAGGAAAGACCCUCGCUGAACUAGAAAAGUUUUUGAACAUGUCUCUGAAGGACGUAGUUAGCUCUGAAACUGACACUCUUCGUCUUUGGUCUACUCUUAAUUUGUUGUCCAACCUUCCUUUCAAAGAUGUGACUCUAUCAGAUGGACUCAAACGUAUUAUAGACACUAUGCUCCAAAACUUCCCAACCAUUCUACGCUCCUUUAAGCAAGGCUUUGCUGCCACCGACAAGCUGGGAAAGCUUGAAGCUUGUCAGAAUGAGGUGGCCACUACUCUUGUUUCCAAAAUUUCUGAGGCAGAGAAUUUCUACAGUGAAGUUGAACUGAAGGAAGUAGCUUUGAAGGAACAAAUAAAAGUUUGUGAGGCUGCCUUAUCAUCUUUGGAGAAGGAAAAGAAUAAAUGCAUUGUGGAAACUACAGGGUACAAAAAGGAGCUUGAAAAUGUGAUGAAGGACAGAUCUCAAAUGUUGGAAGAUAAAAGAAAAGUUGAGCAAGAGUUGUUUGACGUGACUUACAAAUGGUCAAAUUUGUGUAGUGAAUAUGAGCUCAAUCGCAUGGCUGCUAUAAAUAUCUCGUAAGGGUUUUCGUUGUUCAUUGUUAUUGUUUGA